CUGCUUCCACCGCAGAAGCAACAUCUGACACCUCACUCUUUUCCUCAGCUCAUCUGUCGACUUAAAUACCCCUCUGGCCCGCCUUGACUGUCCGCCUUUCGACCGGUGGUCGAUCUCCUCUUCUCCCUCAUUACCCUCUCUUUUUUCCCCCGCUCCCCCACACAAUGGCCGUUAUCGAUGUCACCAAAGAUCUGUCGGCUCUCUUCAGCAAACAGGUCCAGGCCUCUCCUGAUGCGGUCGCUUUGGAGGAUGACAAAACCACAUACACUUAUGCGGAGCUAGAUCGGGCGGUUGACACCCUCACUCUCCGCCUCCGUCGCUACGGCGUCGGACGGGACAGCUUGGUCGGAGUGCUGCUCCCGCGCAGUAGUGACUAUGUCAUUGCGUGCCUCGCCGCCCUCCGUGCGGGCGGUGCGUUCCUGGUUCUCGAGCUUGCAUACCCCCCCGAGCUCCUGAACGAUGUCAUCCGCGACGGGAACCCAGCAGUAAUCAUCACUUGCCGGGCCGAACUCGGCAAGAUCAAAGCCGACGUUCCGCUCAUUUCGCUGGACGAACCAGCAACAGAGACCAACGGCGUUUCGGAGCUGCCUCCCCUCCCAGCAGACGAUGACUUGGACCGACUGGCGUUCGUUUCAUACUCGUCCGGAACCACAGGCAAGCCCAAGGGAAUUGCCAACCCCCACAGAGCUCCCGUCCUUUCCUACGAUCUCCGAUUUGGCGUGCAAGACCUCACACCCAGCGACCGGGUCGCUUGUAAUGUCUUCUUCAUCUGGGAAAUCCUGCGCCCGCUGCUGCGGGGAGCGACCGUCGUGGCGGUGCCUGACGAGAUCAGCUACGAUCCCGCCGCAUUGGUCGACCUGCUCGCUGCGAAGCGUAUCACUGAAACCCUCAUGACCCCCACCCUGCUCGCGACUGUCCUCGCCCGCCAUCCUCACAUUGGCUCUCGCCUGCCGGAGCUCCGCACCUUGUGGUUCAACGGCGAGGUGGUGACCACGGACCUGGCCCGUCGAGCGAGCAAGGCCCUUCCGAAGACCCGCUUGCUCAAUUGUUACAGUGCCUGCGAAACCCACGAGAUUGCUUGCGGAGAUAUUCGGGAGAUGAUCGAUGAGCAGGCGCUGUACUGUCCGGUCGGGCCCCCGAUGGACCCGAAUAACACCCAUAUUCUGGAUGAUAACCAACAACCGGUGGAGAACGGGGUGAGCGGGGAACUGUUUGUGGCUGGUCCACUUCUUGCCCGCGGGUACCUCAACCUCCCGGAGACGACCGCCAAAGCCUUCAUCCAGAACCCUUUUGAUCCACAACCCGGAUCCCGUUUGUACCGAACCGGCGAUCUCGCGCGCUUGCUUCCAUCCGGACUCCUGGAAAUCACCGGUCGCGUGGGGUCGAUGAUCAAAUUGCGCGGGUACUCCGUCGUGCCUGCCAAGGUCGAAAAUGAGAUUGUCAAAAACCUCGCGGUCAGCCACUGUGCUGUCGUGGCCCAUGGUGAGGGUCUGGAGCGGCAGUUGGUGGCUUACAUUGUCCCCGACCAGGACCAGUCCGCCGGCCGCCCGGUGGUGGAGAUCAACGAAGCGGGCAACAGCCCCGGCGCACGUCGCAUCCUCUCGCAGUCCCUAGCACACUACAUGAUCCCGUCUCUCUGGGUGAAAUUGGACGAGCUGCCGACGCAUGAGGUGACGGGCAAGGUCGACCUCAAACGUCUUCCUGCCCUGCGCACCGCCGAUCAUGUCAACGGAAACGGAAAGCCCGUGGAGCAAGACCCGAUCGGUAUCGAGCAAGUGGCGGCCAUCUGGGCAGCAGCACUCAAAACCUCGCGCACCCUUCUCAGGCCUGACGACGAUUUCUUCGAUCUGGGUGGACACUCCUUGUCUUUGGCUGACCUUUCCUCGAGAAUGUCCCGACACUUUGGCUUCCGCGUUCCGAUCGCCCGGCUUGCAGAAAACUCGACCCUCACGGGUCACCUUCAAACGGUCCGUGACAUUAGGGACGGACACACGGCAGCGGUGCAAGCGGACUUGCCGGCCGUCCUGCGUGCUGAUUCUACCCUCGACGAUGAUAUCCGACCGACCAAAGCCACCAUCCGCUCCGUCGACCAGGCCGACACGGUGCUCCUGACGGGUGUGACUGGGUUCCUUGGCGCUUUUCUUCUUCACGACCUGCUGGAGAGUACCUCGGCCCAUAUCAUCUGCCUGGUGCGAUUCACUGACCCCGCCGAUGACGAUCAGCCUGGUGGUGUGGCCAGAAUCCGCCGAAACCUGCUGGAUCUGGGGCUGUGGCGUGAUUCGGUCAUGGAGCGCGUCGAGAUCCUGCCCGGAAACCUCUCCCGCACUCGCUUCGGUCUGUCUCCGGAAGCGUUUGAUGAGCUUGCAUCCCGUGUACAAGUUAUCGUUCAUGCGGCUGCCACCGUCAACCUGGUCUACCCCUAUGCCGCCCUGCGCGGUCCCAAUGUCGGAGGUACGCGAGAAAUCCUCCGCCUGGCAUGCAAAGGGGGCGCGACCGUGCAGUACGUGUCCACCAAUGGCGUCCUGCCACCCUCAGCUGAGAAGGGCUGGCCUGAGGACACGAUGCUGGAUGUAGAUGAUGUGCCCGAGAAAUUGCUUGAUGGCUAUGGGCAGACCAAGUGGGUGGCCGAGCAGCUUGUGCUGGAAGCUGGUCGUCGCGGGCUUCCAGUCAAGAUCCACCGUGCAGGAACCAUCAGUGGCCAUAGCCAGACUGGUGCGGCCAAUGCCUGGGAUCUUCUGUCGGCCCUGAUUGUUGAGUCGAUCAAACUCGGCUGCGCGCCGGAUGUGGACGGCUGGCGGGCGGAGAUGACGCCCGUCGAUUUCGUCAGCAAGGCCAUCAUUCAUCUGGCCAGUCAGACGCACGCUGAGCAGACUGUUUUCCAUCUGGGUGAUCCCAACCCGGUGGAUACGCGCUCGGUCUUUGCUGCUCUCAGUGAGCUCGGAUACCCCACCAAGGCUGUGGGGUGGGACGAAUGGGUCUCCCUGUGGAACGAGAAGCGGGGUGCGGUCAAGGGUGGCGACGGUGCCUUUACGGUCGAUAUCCUCCGUAGUGGUAUGCCCACGGUGGACUUCCUCCGGGGCAUUGUGGUGCUGGACAAUGCUGCCACUCGGCCAUUCCGGGCGGUUGUGGAACGGCCCAAGGUUGACCGGGCGUUGCUCGAGACGUACACGCGGCACUGGUUCGCUCGAGGCUGGCUGCCGCGGGCUCCUGUUCGACAGCAGGCUAAUGGGGUUGCUAAGCCGGCCAAGAAGGGCCCUCUCAGCGGCAAGGUAGCCGUGGUGACGGGGGCGUCUUCCGGUAUUGGCGCCGCUGUCGCGGUCGCUCUGGCUCGGGAGGGUUGCCAUGUUGCUCUGGCGGCUCGGCGCGUGGACGCUCUUGAAUCCGUCAAGGGCCGGAUCACGGCGCAGGGAAGCAAAGUCAUCGUCCGCAAGACUGAUGUGACGAACAAGAUGGAGGUUGACGGCCUCCUGCAAGCUGCCAACGACGAGCUCGGCCCGGUGGAUAUCCUCGUGUCGUGCGCCGGAGUCAUGUACUUCACCAUGAUGGCCAACGUGCAGACGGAGGAGUGGGAGCGCACAGUUGAUGUCAACUGCAAGGGUCUCCUCCACUGCCUGUCCGCGAGCGUGCCGGGCAUGCUCUCGCGGGGAAGUGGCCACAUUGUGGCCAUCUCCUCUGACGCCGGACGCAAGGUGUUCCCGGGGUUGGGAGUGUACUCGGCCAGCAAGUUCUUCGUCGAGGCCACGCUGCAAUCGCUUCGGCUGGAGACAGCCGGUACGGGUCUGCGGGUGACCAGUGUCCAGCCAGGCAACACAGCGACCGAUCUGCUGGGGAUGUCUACCGAUGCCGAAGCCAUCAAGAAGUAUGGAGAGCCGUCGGGAGCGCAAAUCCUCGAUCCGGAGGAUGUGGCCAACUCGAUUGUGUACGCCUUGCGCCAGCCGGCACAUGUGUCGGUGAACGAAGUCUUGAUUGAGCCGCGGGACGAGCCGAUCUAGUUUGCUGAAUGGUUGACGUACGAAUAGUUGGAUAGGAUUUUAUAGACAUAGAUAUUGUACCGAGGAUAAUGAGAAUCAUUUGGAUCUACA